AUUUUUAAGGUCCAACCGGGGCCAGGGCCCACUUAUGAAUCGGAGGCACAAUUGUGCUUCGGUAAGGGCAAUCCUUGAAAACACGCAUUUUCGACUGACUUUAAUCAAUUCAAUCUCCCUGCUUUUCAUCAUAGUUAUAACAAAAGAAUUGUUGCCCUCUUCUUGUGCGCAAAAAGUAAAACACCCUGAUCCGUACGCAAGACUACGCACUAUAUGCAAUAAGAAUACACAAACGCUCUUAUCCAAUAUUAUAAAAGUCAAAGUUCAGACAUUAAUUAGUUUUGACGGAUGAGCGAUAAGCUGAUGUCGAAUGCAUUAUUUUUGAGAUAAAUGGGCAAUACACGCUUGUUUAAAUUUUAAAUAGACGUUUUCAUAAAAAAUGUCGCUAUUUAUUAGUGGUAAUAAAGUAAGUUCUAAGAACAAGAGCUACAGUGUAAAUAUAUCAUAACUAUUAGAUAAUUUGUGUUGGGUAUAGAUCAAAGGAGAAUAAAACAUGGACAAAAUAACAAAAAUGUUGUAUCGUGUCAGAAGUACAAAAUACGAUGAUUUAGUGAUUUACAUGUAUCAGCCUACAGAUCCUUCCAGCUUAGGUAUUAUUCGAUUUCUGUUCGGAUUCCUAAUGUUGUGCGAUUUGCCAGAAGAAAGAGGAGGUUCUGACAUUGACAUAAGAUGGGGAAAUCCAAAAGAUUGUCACUUUCCAUUAUUUCCAGUCAUGGUUAUACCAGCAUAUCCCUGGAUGUGUCUCAUAUACUUAAUGAUGUGGGUAGGAGCAACUGGAAUUAUGUUAGGAUACAAAUUCAGGAUAAGCACUUUACUAUUUGGAAUACCAUACUGGUACAUUCUACUACUGGAUAAAUCAUACUGGAAUAACCACAGUUACUUAUUCGGAAUUGUAACCAUUCUGCUCUCAGGAUCAUCUGCCAAUCACUAUUUCUCAUUAGAUGGUUACUUCGAGGAAAAAAGAAAGAACCGUCACGUUCCUUGCUGGAAUUACUUCAUUUUGAAGUACCAAUUCUUCAUGCUGUAUUUUCUAGCUGGAUUGAAAAAGGCAGAUAUGGAAUGGUUGGAGGGGUAUUCGAUGCAAUCUUUAGGCAAUCACUGGAUUUUUCUACCUUUCAGAUUAUUUCUCACAUCGGAUCAGGUGGACUAUUUGAUUGUCCAUUGGUUUGGAUUUUUGUUAGAUUUGACCAUCGGAUUUUGGAUGCUGAUAGAAUCUACGAGACCUGUAGCAAUGGUAUUCUGCACAAUGUUUCAUCUGAUGAAUUCAAGACUGUUUAGCAUUGGUAUGUUUCCUUAUGUCUGCCUAGCUACAAUGCCAUUAUUUUGCGAAGAAACUUGGCCAAGGAAGUUACUGAAAUAUUUUCAUAUAUCAACAAACGAACCUCUACCGACACCUGACUGCAUCUAUAUAAAGGAUGGAAGAGGACAGUCCAACAAACAAAAACAUGUAACAUGGAAACGGAAACUUGUCAUCGGUCUGCUCCUUACUCAUUGUAGUCUUCAAGUUUUUCUACCGUAUUCCCAUUUCAUAACUCAGGGUUAUAACAAUUGGACCAAAGGUCUUUAUGGGUAUUCGUGGGAUAUGAUGGUACACUCUUGGGAUACGAUUCAAGUAGUCGUGAGAGUGGUGGAUAACGAAUUUGGAGAACAGUUCUUCAUUGAUCCUGAUGCAUGGACUCAAAAUGACAGAUGGAACAAGCAUGCCGAUAUGUGUGUCCAGUAUGCAAAUUGCCUCAAGAGGAACUUGAUGGAAUCAUUCAAGAAUAACAGUGCUUCAAGUAGACAUAACUCAACUACCUAUAUUUCUAUUAUUAUACAGCGUGAUCCAAAAGUCCCACAAAGGCAAGACAGUUGGGAAUAUUCAAAGCGUAUGGUAAAAGUAAAAAAGUAGCAUCUUAGGAUUUUUCUUAGUAUGUUCAGUAGGGACCUUGAACUUAGAUUUGACCGUGACCUUGAAGGCUAGAUCAAGGCCAAGACGAUUUUUUUAUAGGCACCCCAUACUUUUGACCCCAGAAAUGGAUAGAGCAGAUAAUUUUUCGUUCAGAUAUGACCUUUGGUGAGCAUUAUUGUGGCCUUGAACGUACUCGUUAAGACCAUCGCAAAUGAAACAAAACACAUUUGAAAAUCAGGGUCUUCAAUUUGUCCCUGGCUAUUUACUGGUGACCUUGUAGCUGGUCACGAACUGGCAUUGACUUUAAUAGCCAAGAACUUCAAAUCCAGGUUACAGCAGUUCUCACCAACAGUCACGUAUGAACGUACAAUUUUCCGCUCUAUUUCCGGGGUCAAAAGUACAGGGUACCAGGCAAACAUUAUUGUGACCUUAAUUUGACCUUUCAGGUCGUAAUCAACCUAACAUUGUUAGGUUAUACGUCUCCAGCUAGGGAAAGAUAUUCAAGCAGUAAUUGCCAUGAGACUCUUGUUUACGCUCUAUCCUUAGAAACAUCCCUGGAAUUAAAUCAAAAAGGUUUUUUACGGGUAUCUUGGAUGUUCAAGGUCGGAAUAGAUUUCACCAGGGGUCACAUCUGAACGUGACAUAUUUAUCUCUACACAUUUCCGGGAUUAAAAGUAUCGAGUGCCAUUAAAAAAUUGUUUCUGACAUCGAUUUGAUCGACAAGGUCGUGAUCAAGGUCAGUUACAAGCAGUUAAAAUAAUUUUCUUUCAACUUCAUGUUUGAAUGUAAUUUUUUUCGAUUUAUCCAUAUAUAGGGUCGAAAAUAUAGGUAUUUAUUUAAAAAAUUGUCUCACCUACAAGAUUAGCGUCAAAGUCAAAUUGAAGGUUACCACUAAUUAGUCAGCGGACAAUCAUGGACCUUUACUAUUAUACUUUUAUCCAUUGUAUAUUCCCAAAUAUCUCGCCGUUACUGGACUUUUGGAACACUGCGUAGCUACUCAAACAGUGAGAACUUUAGUAAAAGUUAAAAAUAUUUUCUCACAGCUAGAAAGCAGUACUCCAGUCUCCUCAUCAUAAACUGUCCAACCCUUUCAAAUACACUAAGAUUGUUCCUUUAAGACAAGUUACAUGUUCGGUAAGGUUAAGCAUACUGCUUUCGUCCGCCCGACCAAAGACAGUCAACCAUAGACAGCUGUGUCUUGCUUUUUGGCUACUCAUCAGCACGGUCUAGGCUUGGUUAAUCGUCUCUGGGCAACGAGCCAAAUCAUAUCAACUAUUUUCUAUCUAGUAGGUACGGCACUAUCGAAAUAAGACAGCGCAACGUGCCAUCUAUUGUAAGAAUCAACCACUGCGAACAGUGCCACUACCCAGCCAUCUGUCGGUCACACUGGUAGUUGCGCUACCAUUGCAGACUGAAAUCUUUACAGUUCCAACUGCUAGUAGCUAUAGACUGUUCGCAGUAGUUGAAUCUGGCGAUAGAUAGCACGUUGCGCUGACUUACUUCGUUAAGGUUGUUGGUGAGUUUUUAAUAGGAAUCUAUGGAGAUAAAUAGGGUGUAGAAGACCUCCAGUGGUGGAACCCAGGGAAGGGGCACUCGGGGAGAGUUCCCCAUUCAAAAGAUCACUGGAAAAAGAAAAAUAUGCAAAAAAUCCUUGCCUCAAGGACAUUCGUUCUCGGAAGCACUAAUAAAGCCAUCGCCAGCUCCCCUUCUCUUCAAUUUUCACUUGUCGGUUUUUAUUUUUUUAUUUCAUUUCUCUUGUUCCCUCUCACUAAACUAACCUUCUGGAUCCGUAUGUGAAAAGGCCCUAUCCCAUAUCCGGAUUUGAACUCCCUAGAUUAUUUCCUAUACGACCAUCUAAGAUCAUCAGCUUACACUACCACUAGAAAAUGUAUGGUAACCAAAUAAGUUCGUGUGGUUGGGGUAUAUCGCACAUUGAUAGGAUCUUCGACGGGUUGUAGAUGCAGAUUCCAGGGCAACAUGCUAAGAACUUGCAGAAAUGUUCAGAGUGAGUCCUGAAACUAUUCGUCUGCAUCUUCAUCAGCUAGGAAAGACGUGGAAGUUAAGCAAAUGGGUCCCACAUGAACUGACAAAUGAUAACAAAUUAAGUCGUCUUACGAUUUGUUCAGCAAACAUUUCACGCAACACUAAUGAACCAUUUCUUAAUCGGUUAUUAACCUGUAUUCGAAUUCUAAGCGUUCGUAUCACUGGUUGUCGCCUACCGAUUCGGUACCACACACGUCCAAGACUUCCUUGUACCCAAACAAGGUUUUGUUGUGUGUUUGGUGGACAGCAACUGGAACUGUCCAUUAUGAGUUUUUGGAAAGGGGUCAAACCAUCACUGCUAACUUGUAUUGUGAAAAGCUUCAACGAGUACAAGCAGCACUCAUCCAGAAACAGCCUUCUUUGAUCAUUCGGAAGUGAAAUUCUUGCAGGAUAACGCCAAGAUUCAUACGGUAAAAGUGACCCGAGAAAAAAUUUCUGAACUCGGCUGGGAAACGUUACCGCACCC